CGUGAGGUGUUGAGGGGCCUCUACAAGACGGAUGGCAGCGACCUGUGGGACGGUGGCGCUGGCGGCGAGGAGGAGCCAGGCACGCCGAAGACCGAGCGUCUGACGCAAGGCAUUAUCGGCCUGCUGCUCGACCUGGCGGUGCCCGUCUGCGGCUACUUCGGGGUGAUGCACAGCAAUCGGCAGCUGACCUGCUGCUUCUGCAGCUGCAACCUCUUCAGGGGCCUCUGGGCCGUGGUCGCGCUGUCGAAGCCGCACGUGGGCGGACUGGACGGGCAGGUCGAGGCCAACCUCGCGAACCUGAGGAGCCUGGCGCUGCUGAUCCUCUGCUGCGCCGCGUUCUGGUACGGCCACCACCUCUACCAGCUCCUGUCGCACGAGAGACACCCCGUCUACCUCAUGCGGCCCCUGGUCGGCGAGGUCGUUGUCGGCGGCCCGCCUCGGCCCUCGGGGCCUGGCGCGGAGCCCUCCCGAGGCGGCAUCCCUCCCGCGAGGACGGCCGACAGCGGCGAGACCACAGUUGGCGCCGCCUAUGCGUCCGGCGGGUCGGCGUAG